AUACAAAACUAUAUGAAUAGAUUCCGAAUAUUCUAACGAUGUCAGUGAAAUACAAACUUUUAAUCAUUGUAAUAUUUCACUCAGUGAAUAUGAGCACUUCUGACUUCGAGUUUACAAAUAUCAAAUGCACUUCUUUGGACAAAGACUUUGACGACUUUGAGUACUGCCAUCUGAAGUCUGUGAAUCGUACUUUCAAAUACAUAUCAGUUAAAGUAAGAAUGUAUAAGAUUCCCGUUACGAAAGUUAAGAUAGCCUCGCUGGUGGAAUUCACGAAUAUCAAGUGCACCUCCUGGGAUAAAGCGUUUGAUGAUUUUGAGUAUUGCCAUCUGAAGUCGGUUAACCGGAGCUUUAAGUACUUGUCGCUUAAAGUAAACCUACACAAGGUACCCAUAACCAAAGUGAAGGUGAACUUCUCUUUGCUCAAACGUUUCAAUGGCUACAAACCAUUUCUAUACAAUAUCACUGUCGAUGCUUGCAAAGCCCUGAGACACUCGAAGUACAAUCCGAUAUUCAGUUUCUUUUAUGGGCUGUUUAAACAUCAUUCCAACAUGAACCACACCUGCCCAUUCGAUCAUGAUCUAAUAGUUGAGAAAUUGCCUACAAACUUUAUGAAUCAAAAAGUUAACGGAGACAUCAAGUUUCCCCAUGGGGAUUACCUUUUCCACUCCGACUGGUAUGCAUACGGAAUUAAUCGCGCAACCGUAGAUUUUUUUUUAACACUUUCAUGA